UGGGAGUCACAGCAAGCAGGUGGAUCACGUCAGAUAUAAAAUCCACUCGCAGUUCCCUCAGACAUGUGAGAAGGAAAUAGCUUGAACAAAAAACCCAGAAGGCAGCCAUGGCCACGCUGAUAUUACCUUUGAUUCUCUUAGUUGGUCUCCAAGGCUAUGCUCUGACUGCAACUUAUGACAUCAAUGGCCUGGAAAGUCUUCCUGAUGAAACUGGGGACAUUUGCCAGGACUGCACCCAAAUAUUCACACUCCUUGUUGACAUGCUGUCCAAUGCUGACUUACAGAAAAAGAUCAUGGGAAGGAUUGAUGCUCUAUGUGCGCAUCUGCCUGGGCCAGCUGCCAAACUCUGCAAAGAAGAGGUGGACAAGAUGCUCCCAUUAGCCAUCACCUUUGUUACUGGUGUUGUGAAACCAGCAGAGAUCUGCAAGUUGAUUGGACUGUGUGGCUCUGGUGAAGAACGUGACAAGAUGCUCAGCUACUUUGUUAACGAGGUUAUUCAGGCUGCUGUGAGCAGUGGCAAUGGGGACCCUGCAACACACUGUUCCUUCUGUAUUUUCCUCUUCAAGACUUUGGAAGAACUGCUGCCUAAAGAAAGGACUGAGGAAGUGGUGAUCAAACUGCUGGAAGAGAUUUGUCUCAUCUUGCCAAGGACUUAUCGCGACCAGUGCGAGGGUAUUAUUGGCAAGUUUAGCAAAACAGUGCUGGAUGCAAUCUUGGGUUAUGCCACUCCUGAGGCCAUCUGCGCCCUCAUCCACCAGUGUAAAGGGCAGGAAGCAGUUGCAGACCCAUGCACAUUGACUACAUACAGAUGCAGAGACGUCAGCACUGCCCUUAAAUGUGGCACUGUGUUCUACUGUCAGAAAUUUGCCUGGAAGUCACAGAGCUACAACACAAUCUAAAAUGUUAAGGGUGGGGAAGAACAGGCCAUGCUCUGGAGAACAAUCCCUCAUCAAACUGCAAAUAUUUUUUCCUUGAUAGCAUUUUUCUAUGAUUUUGCAUCCUAUUGUAUGAUUUUGCUUGGUGGUUAUACUGGCUGGACUGAGAGGAAAGGUAGAUGAAUUAUCUGUGCUGGAAAUGCAAAGGAAGGCUGCAAAGAUAUGAAAUCUUCAUAUUCUAGUUACUCUGUGUACACAAGAUAAACCAUCAUCCAGCUUAUCAAGCUUUUAGGCUUCAAUAGAUUCUAUCAUGUUUUUGUUUUAAUCAUUUUUGAUUUUACUGGAAUAAAAUUUUCCCAAUGCUA